CCUCGAAUUUCACUUCCAUUCUUUGCCUUGCCCCAACAAAGCGGCAACAGAAUACACACACACACACACACACUCAUCACAAUUUUGAGAUUGUUUUCACCUUCGCAAUUGAAAACUCACCACACUUCUGCAUUUUGGUGCUGCUUUGUCACUGACUGAAUCAGCUCCCUUUUUUCUCAUAUAUGCGUAUAUAUACAUCGCUCUGCCUACGAUUCUCUCUCCUGGGCAGCGGCUUUGCCAAGGCGGACACGAUCUCCGCCAUCGCAAUAUAAAAAAACAGGAGGUUUCAAAUUCAACAGCUUUUCUCAUAAACAUUGAAGCACCUUCAGUGGAUUUCAGUCAAAGUAGAUGUUGGUCCUUCUUUGAACCUUCGCUGCACAAUACAAAAGGAAUCAGCUAUCUUCACAUUAUUAUUUAAUCCUCUGGAUAGUUGAAUCCAUCAGAAUAUAGACAACCAACCAAGGGUGAUGAGAAUUUCUCACUGGAUUUCAUGAUCAUAAGUUUUUGCAAUGGGGUACUUAAGUUUGGAGAAGAAGUGGGUGUUCCCUCUUGUUAUAAGUUCAUUAGUAUGUGUUUUCCUCCUGGCAACCUCCUUUAAUAUGGGCCUUGUGUCCUCAUUGCACACCAUCAAUUCUAUCUUUUCAAAAUUCCCUUCUCGUCUCACCAAUGGCUCUAGCUUUGUUGAGUCAAAAAUGAAUCAAGCUCCGCCUCUUGCUCCUCCUCCUCUUCCAAAAUUUGCUUAUUUGAUUUCUGGAUCAAAAGGUGAUGUAGACAAACUUUGGAGGACUCUUCAUGCUUUGUAUCAUCCAUGGAACUAUUACAUUGUUCAUUUGGAUCUUGAGUCGCCCAUAGAGGAGAGAUGGGAACUCACAUCUCGCGUGGCAAACCACACACUUUUUACGGAGGUUGGGAAUGUUAUUGUAAAUAACAGAUCAAAUAUGGUCACUUAUAGGGGUCCCACGAUGGUCGCAAAUACUCUUCACGCAUGUGCCAUUCUUCUAAAGAAAUAUAAAGAUUGGGAUUGGUUUAUAAACCUUAGUGCUUCAGAUUAUCCUUUGGUGACUCAGGAUGAUCUUCUUGAUACAUUCGCUGAUUUGAAAAGAGAUCUCAAUUUUGUAGAACACACUAGCGACUUAGGCUGGAAAGCUACUCAAAGGGCAAUGCCAUUGAUUAUAGAUCCUGGACUUUAUCAGACAACCAAAUCUGACAUAUUUGCUGUUGGACCCAAAAGAAAUUUACCAACAGCAUUCAAAUUGUUUACUGGUUCAGCUUGGAUGAUCUUAUCACGUGAGUUUGUGGAGUACUGCAUAUGGGGCUGGGAUAAUCUCCCAAGAACCCUACUGAUGUACUACUCAAACUUUGUUUCCUCCCCGGAAGGCUAUUUCCAAACCGUCAUCUGCAAUGCUCCACAGUUUGUGCCGACUGUUGUCAACCACGACAUGCACUAUAUAUCCUGGGAUAACCCUCCACAACAGCAUCCCCACAUGCUAUCCGUCAAUGACACAGCACAGAUGAUUGCAAGCUAUGCUCCAUUUGCACGUAAGUUCAGAAUGGACGAUCCGGUGUUGGAUCAGAUUGACAUCCAUUUACUCGGGAGGAAAAAGAGAGGCUUCACGCCCGGUGGCUGGUGUGGAGGCAAACCUCGUUGCUCGAGGGUGGGGAACCGGAACAGGCUCAGGCCGAGUCCCGGUGCUCAAAGGCUGCAACGCCUCUUCGGUAAUAUAGUAUUUUCAGAAAAUUUUACCAAAGCUCAAUGUUUCUAGAUUACCCCCUUCCAUUGCUACACGAAGUGGGGAAGAAGGCGGGAGAAAUCGACGAGAGGCGAGAGUUUACGUGUCAUAAAUCAUUAGGCAUUUCCACAAGCACCAAUAAUGAACUAGAUAUAGUGCAUAUAUAUAAAAAGAGAAUUGCUUCUUUCGGCCUUGUAAUUUUAGGUCCCUUUUUCCACAUAUAUACUGUUAUAAAGUCAUAAUUCGUACUCACUGGUUGCUGCACUCGGCAAGUUUAUUUUUUAA